GAGCCAUCAACAUUCCACACAAUGGCUAGACGAACAUGCGAAAUUGCAAGUCGUCAGAAGCACAGGCGCACAUGGGACAAGUUAAAGGAUGCCCUUUAGAUGAGCUGAGCUGCCUUCAUCGCCUGUGGCACCUUCAAGACCGUACGCUCCUUAAGUCCGGUGCAUCUCAAAGGUUCGAUUUGUCAACCAGCGUACGAUUCGAGAUGCGAGACAUGGAACCUCACGAUGCACACACGUCCAUUUCUCCCCACCCGAAGGAAGGGCCACACAAUCAAUUAGGACUAUACCAUCCUCACGGGUCCGAGUCCAGUCCCCAUUUCUCCCUCGAGACUCGAGACUCGCUAGAUCUGUGCUGUCACAGUCCUGCCUUUGAAGGUGUACGUAGCAAGAUGAGUGAGUAGCAGUGGCCCAGGGGCUCUGAUCGUGCUCGUGCAUUUGAUGUCGCAGAAGUGUAACAAGUAACACAAGCUUCUCACACGAGCACGAGCAUGAACUGCAAGCACGCGAUUCUGGGCUAGCGCUCUAUAAUUGGUGGAAGUGUACCAUAAUCUUUCGUGAGAUGUCUCUAAUCAAAGAACUGUAAGGAGACCAAGGGAUGAAUCAUGUAUUGAAUUUGACCACACAUAUGUGCAUCACCUUAAGACCUAAAAUUAUAAGAACACAAU